AUAUUUCCUUAGGGAAUGGGUCACCCACCUCCACUCCUCGCCUAUAUAGACAUCCCCUCAUCUUCAAUCUAAUUCCAUUCCCCAACCAAAUUCAAAUCAUCUCUACAAACCCAUAUUUCCCUUUGAAGAAGAUGCAGAUCUUUGUGAAAACCCUUACCGGCAAGACCAUAACACUCGAGGUCGAAAGCUCCGACACCAUCGACAACGUCAAGGCCAAGAUCCAAGACAAGGAAGGGAUCCCACCCGACCAGCAGCGUCUCAUUUUCGCUGGCAAACAGCUCGAAGACGGUCGGACCCUUGCCGAUUAUAACAUCCAGAAAGAAUCCACCCUCCACCUCGUCUUACGCCUUCGUGGGGGCAUGCAAAUCUUUGUCAAAACCUUAACCGGCAAGACCAUCACCCUCGAAGUCGAGAGUUCCGACACCAUCGACAACGUUAAGGCCAAGAUUCAAGACAAGGAAGGCAUCCCACCUGACCAACAGCGUUUGAUCUUCGCUGGCAAACAAUUGGAAGAUGGGAGGACCUUGGCUGAUUAUAAUAUCCAAAAGGAAUCCACCCUUCACCUUGUUUUGAGGCUUCGUGGAGGGAUGCAGAUUUUUGUCAAGACUUUGACCGGCAAAACAAUCACCUUGGAGGUUGAAAGCUCCGAUACCAUUGACAAUGUUAAGGCAAAGAUUCAGGAUAAGGAAGGAAUCCCACCUGAUCAGCAAAGGCUCAUCUUUGCCGGCAAACAAUUGGAAGAUGGGAGGACUUUGGCUGAUUAUAACAUUCAGAAAGAGUCUACCCUUCACCUUGUUCUUCGUCUCCGUGGUGGCCACUGAUUAUUCUAACACAACCAUCUUGCCUUGGUUUCAAGUUUUAAAGUGCUCGUGUGUCUUUCUAACUUGGAUUUCUGGGUCUUGUCCCCUUUGUAAUACUUUUACUUCUCCUCUGGAAUAAAAAGUUUGGUUUUCUUUUCCA